AUGAUUCGACAAGAUGUGCAUCGGAUUGACCCCAAACGCAGGGCAACUAUCGAUCAUAAAAAGAGACAGUUCGCUACACCGACAUACAAGCAGCAGGACUAUCCGCAUCGUCUGAAUCUGUAUGACACGCCACCUACAGCCGAGAUUACACUCGAGCAGUUUGAGCAAUGGGCUAUCGACAGGCUGAAGGUUCUGGCCGAAAUCGAAGCAUGCUCCUAUCGCAACAAAUCCCCCGCGGAGACGGCAACCCACAUCACGCCUCUUCUCCAGAAAUUCCUCCCUCUCUCCGCCAAUACCUCUUCUCCAAAUGGUGCCUCAGAUCCUCGCUUGAGGCUUGAAAGACAGAAGGAUCAUUACUCGCACUUCAUCCUUCGUCUGGCUUUCUCCGCCACGGAAGAUCUCCGCAGGCGGUUUGCACGCGCUGAGACUAUGCUAUUCCGAUUUCGCUUCGAACGGGAUGACUCGAGAGAAAGGCGUGCCUUCAUUGAAAGCCUGAGCCUCGAUUGGGAGGCUGUGAGCGAGGAGGAGCGAAACGAAAAUGCAGAAAAUCUGGCGGGUGCCACUCCGGGAUUACGACGGGUAGACGAGGAGACAUGGUAUAAGGUCGACUGGGAAAAGGUUCCUGAACUGGUCGAGCGACGGUCCGUGUUCAUGAAGCGAGGCAAAGCCUAUGUUCCUGGUCGGGAGCAGCUCAGCAUGAUCAUGGCGGAGUUCACUGCUCGUCUGGAGCGUUCAUUGGAGCUCACAAGCCGAGCGUUACCUCGACUGGAUGAGGAUGAUCGCCUCACUCCCAUUCUGAACCACCUUUCUAAAAAUUUUGGCAGUGCGGAAUCUGUUUACUCUGAAGGCGAGGGUCAUGUGGAUGGGGCUGCCAUCACUGCCAGCUCCAUUGACUCAUUAUCCCAACACUUCCCUCUGUGCAUGCGGAGCUUACACACGAACCUGCGCAAAAACAACCAUCUGAAGCACUUUGGGCGUCUCCAGUACACGCUUUUCUUGAAGGGUAUCGGCCUCUCGCUGGAAGAGUGUAUUCUCUUCUGGCGCCAGUCCUUCAAGGGCAAGACGGACGACGAGUUUAACUCACAAUAUAAGUAUAAUAUCCGCCACGCCUAUGGAGAUGUGGGUGGUGAUGUGAACCGUCGUGGCCGAGGCUAUCCUCCUUACUCAUGCCAGAAGAUCCUUGGUGAUAACAAUGUCGGUAUUGGGCAAACCCACGGAUGUCCGUACCGUCAUUACUCUGUGGACAACCUCGUCGGAUUGCUCCAGUCUACGGGUGUUCACGACAAAGAGGUGCUUCGUGGAGUCCGUGAGGAUGUGGGCAAACAACGAUAUCACAUUGCGUGCAACCGAGUCUUCGAGUGGUCCCACAAGACAGAGAUCAAGAAGGUCAAAGAGGAUGGGACAUGGAGCCAAGCAGAUCUGGACACAAUCGUCCACCCAAACACCUACUUCAAGCGAAGCUACUUACUCAAGCAGUUGGCCAAAGCUCCUCCUCGGGGACAGACUUGA